AUGGGUUUCAAUGUAAUUAGGCUACUGAGCGGAUCAGCUGUAGCACUGGUUAUAGCCCCCACUGUCUUACUGACAAUGCUGUCUUCUGCCGAACGAGGAUGCCCUAAGGGCUGUAGGUGUGAAGGCAAAAUGGUUUAUUGUGAAUCUCAGAAAUUACAGGAGAUACCCUCAAGUAUAUCUGCUGGUUGCUUAGGUUUAUCCCUUCGCUAUAACAGCCUUCAAAAACUUAAGUAUAAUCAAUUUAAAGGGCUCAACCAGCUCACCUGGCUAUACCUUGACCAUAACCAUAUCAGCAAUAUUGAUGAGAAUGCUUUUAAUGGAAUACGCAGACUCAAAGAGUUGAUUCUGAGUUCCAAUAGGAUCUCCUAUUUUCUUAACAAUACCUUCAGACCUGUGACAAAUUUACGGAACUUGGAUCUGUCCUAUAAUCAGCUGCAUUCUCUGGGUUCUGAACAGUUUCGGGGCUUGCGGAAGCUGCUGAGUUUACAUUUACGGUCCAACUCCCUGAGAACCAUCCCUGUGCGAAUAUUCCAAGACUGCCGCAACCUAGAACUUUUGGACCUGGGAUAUAACAGGAUCCGAAGCUUAGCCAGGAAUGUUUUUGCUGGCAUGAUCAGACUCAAAGAACUUCAUCUGGAGCACAAUCAAUUUUCCAAGCUCAACCUGGCCCUUUUUCCAAGGUUGGUGAGCCUUCAGAAUCUUUACUUGCAAUGGAAUAAAAUCAGUGUCAUAGGACAGACCAUGUCCUGGACCUGGAGCUCAUUACAAAGGCUUGAUUUAUCAGGCAAUGAGAUCGAAGCUUUCAGUGGACCCAGUGUUUUCCAGUGUGUCCCGAAUCUGCAGCGCCUCAACCUGGAUUCCAACAAGCUCACAUUUAUUGGUCAAGAGAUUCUGGAUUCUUGGAUAUCCCUCAAUGACAUCAGUCUUGCCGGGAAUAUAUGGGAAUGCAGCAGAAAUAUUUGCUCCCUGGUAAACUGGCUGAAAAGUUUUAAAGGUCUGAGGGAGAAUACAAUUAUCUGUGCCAGUCCCAAAGAACUGCAAGGAGUAAAUGUGAUUGAUGCAGUGAAGAACUACAGCAUAUGUGGCAAAAGUACCACGGAGAGGUUUGAUCUGGCCAGGGCUCUCCCAAAGCCAACGUUUAAGCCCAAGCUCCCCAGGCCGAAGCACGAGAGCAAACCUCCUUUGCCCCCCACAGUGGGAGCUACGGAGCCCGGCCCAGAGACCGAUGCUGACACGGAGCACAUCUCUUUCCAUAAAAUCAUCGCAGGGAGUGUGGCCCUCUUCCUGUCCGUACUUGUCAUCCUGCUCGUUAUCUACGUGUCAUGGAAGCGGUACCCUGCCAGCAUGAAGCAGCUGCAGCAGCGCUCCCUCAUGCGAAGGCACAGGAAAAAGAAAAGACAGUCACUAAAGCAAAUGACUCCCAGCACCCAGGAAUUUUACGUAGAUUAUAAACCUACCAACACGGAGACCAGCGAGAUGCUGCUUAAUGGGACGGGACCCUGCACCUAUAACAAAUCAGGCUCCAGGGAAUGUGAGAUACCUUUAUCAAUGAAUGUGUCAACCUUUCUGGCAUACGACCAGCCCACAAUAAGUUACUGUGGGGUGCAUCAUGAACUUCUCUCUCAUAAGUCUUUUGAAACGAAUGCACAGGAAGAUACGAUGGAAACACAUCUAGAGACUGAGCUGGACCUGAGCACAAUCACAACAGCUGGCCGAAUCAGUGACCAUAAACAGCAGCUGGCUUAA